GUUAAUAAGCAACAACGAAAAGUUGUAGAAGGAAGUUUUUAAGUUUCUGUUAGGAUAGUCCUCAAUACAGUUGCAGUUGGCUUGUAGCGCAGUAAAAUAGAACCCCUGAAACAUCUUCAAAGCAAACGAAUACGAAAGGAUCACGAGUCUAUUUCACAGUAGGCUAUCUUAAAUACUUAACUUUACACGGGACUGCUACAAAGAUCUCAAGACCAUGAGGAUUCACUUGAUAAGCAUAGGCCUACUUGUUUUCUACAUCAGCUCGUUGGUUUCUGCUCUCUCGUCCUCUACCGACGUCCCACCAGAGGAUCUAGACACAUCUGGAGAUGACGCAGAAUUCUCGGGUUCAGGGUCUGGCUCAGGAGAAGAUGCUUUUGCUAAUGACAACAAAGGCGCACUCACCAAUGUCACGGCAAAACCCUGGAUAACAGAUGCACCACUCAGCACUGCUCAGCAAACAACUGAAAAGAUUCCCAUUGUUAUCAACGAGACCCACGUAUCUGCCUCGUUAUCCCCAAUCACUACGAGUAUGCCUCCCAUGGAGUCACUUCCCCAUCACACCACUAAUAUUCCCAUUCAUGACAUUGUCGGAGCAUUGCAGACAACUACCCCGUCUGCUGAGAAGGUAGACAUUACUGCUGCUCCAGUCGCAGAAGAGGUCACGACCCAGUCUAUUGUAGAUAACACGAACAAUUUUGUUGAAGAGGUUACUACAGAAAUUGAUUUAUCUCUGUACACGACUGAAGAAUCUACCACUGCCUUGGUGUCUGGCACUGAGGAAGAAGGCACAUUUGUCACCACUACUGUGCAACAGCCCAUUAUAUUUGAUGAGACGGAAGAGGAGGUGGAAGGCAAAACAGCAGAAACAACAACAGCAGCAGCAACAACAACAACAACAACAACAACAGUAGCAGUGAUUGUGGAUGAUGAAGAAGAAGGGACAUCGGUUCCAGAGAUUUUUGAUGAAACCAAUGAGAUGCCCUCGCUAGCUUCCACCACAACCUCUUCAGCUCCCAUCAAAGACACUGAGAUGCCCUCGCUAGCCUCCAGCACAACCUCUUCAGCUCCCAUCGGAAACAAUGAUGAUGAUUUUGUUGUGGACAACAUAGUCCCAGACAUAGUCCCAGACAUAGUCCCAGAAGUCAGGAUGGGAGUUGACAGGCCAAUGAUUAAUGAAGAGUUGACCAAGGAUGGCGGGCGUUCAUCUGAGAGUUCAUCAGAACACCAGACCCUUCUGGAGAGGAAAGAAGUUUUGGCAGGCGUCAUUUGCGGAGGGGUUGUUGGUCUGGCGCUAGCAGUCAUGCUGGUCUCAAUCAUGGCCUAUCGGAUGAAGAAGAAAGACGAGGGAAGCUACGCACUGGACGACCACAAGCCCUUUAAUGGAGAUUACCAGAUUGUGAAGAAGCAGGAGGAAUUCCUGGCAUGAAGACAUGCCCUGUAAGCCAGCUGUAUUUUACAGUGCUCUCGCCUCAAGCUCCCUCAGCUCUCUUUACAGGGCCUAUCCUUCUCCUUGGUGAGUGGAGUUUUCUGUCAGACAAUCAGCCCUUUUCUUGUUUAUCCAAAAAGACAUGGCACCUUUGACGGACACUGGGACAAUGCAUUGGUCAGUGGAUUUUUUCCAGUUUGCCGUUAACCAUUGCUGAAGUCUGCUCACAUUCGAACCACACACAUUUAUGUUGACUUUUAUUAAAAAAAAAAAAAAAAGAGGACACAGUGACUGACCACUCCUGGACUGUCUCCAUGGGACUGCAUCUUGUACAGUAUGUAAAGGCAUGACUUCUCACAACAGAGAUGAAGAGAGACUGAUUAUGCUGCACUGUGGGCAGUAGCAGAGUCAUUACUGUCAUCCCGGAUUGCCAUGGUGGCUUAAAUGGGAUCUGUGGAGUCUGGGUAAAGUUUAAAAUCUGUUGUUAGAAGCUUUGUUUGAAUCUUUUUUAAAAACAAGUGGUAUAUUUUGGUGCACCUAUAUGUUUUGUUGAUCAACAGGCUCAUGAUGCUUUGUUCAAUUAAGGGCCAUAUAUUUAUUAUUUUUUUGCAUAUUGUAAGCUUGGACUUUUUUUUAUUCACGAUUACUUAAGGCUUACAAUAUGAGCAGCGUGACCUUUACACGCCCAGAUCACCUAAAAAUGAUUUUUUUUUUUUUAAAUCUCAUCUUCAGCACUUAUAAUGAUACAGUAUGGCCUCAAAUGUUUGUACAAGUGGUAUAUUUUGAUGCAGUUGUGUGUUCAAUCUUCUUUAGUCAGUCUUCAGUCUUUUUCCUCAGGCAUAAGAACAGGCUCAUGUAACUUUAUUCCAUUAAUGCCCAUUUUUUGUUUUGUUUUGUUUUUUUACAGUUACAAUCUGUAAGCGUGGACAUUUGUGCUGCACGUUUACAUGAUUAUUACAAUAUGAAUAGUAUGACGUUUUUAAAAUGCCCUUACCCACCUACACUGGAUCUUUUAUCUCCUCUCGCACUUAUAAUGUCAACGUGGUGGAAAAUAGAUAUCAGCUUUCGAGGUACACCGAGUGUAAUAAUAGCUACAUUUCUGUUCCUUAAUGUUGAUACUAAACACCAUGCAACAGCAUGCGUUUCAUCCAAUUCACUCUCACAGUGCAGUAGCCUACUGGGUAAAAAACAGUCAAACAUUCCUUCAUUAAAUCAUGAAAUGAUUAGUUGUUAGUAUGUUAAAGUGUACAUCAAGUUUCAGUGAUAUUCUUUGCAGUCUUGAAUGUUUGUUUAUGUGGUGAUUUGAUUGUUUGUGUCCUGCCUUUGGUUGUUUGUGAUGAGCAGAUUGCAUAGCAGUGUGUGGUUGGGAGUGAGUGCAAUUUGCAUUUGAAACGAUCAGCGAUGGCGGCAGGAAUUUUAAAUUAAUUUCAUUUUUGGUCGCUUUUUCAAUUUGGCUUGCAUUUGGGUCCCAGGGAGCUUAUUAAUACUGACUCUGAGUCACCAGACAAUUGCUCCUUCAUUCCCCAGCCAGCGUAACAGCACCAGUAACAGUUGUAUAUCCAUGUUUGGGCCUGUCUACCUCUUGUUGUCUGAGGCCAUUGUGCCCAUAUUUUCUCUUUUAUAUUAUUUGUUCACUUGCAGUUGACUAUUUUGUACGUUCAAUAAAGGAGGAUUUUUUUUCAUCAA